AUGACUUACAACCCAGGUCCAAAUGUUAUGAGACGGAAGCUCGUCAUCAUCGGUGAUGGUGCCUGCGGCAAAACUAGUUUGCUAAGCGUCUUUACUCUAGGAUACUUUCCUGAGCAAUAUAUCCCCACGGUAUUCGAAAAUUAUGUUACAGAUUGCAGAGUCGACGGCAAGUCCGUACAGCUAGCUUUAUGGGAUACUGCUGGUCAAGAAGAUUAUGAGAGACUACGGCCUCUCGCAUACGCCAAAGCGCAUGUCAUCCUAAUCGGAUACGCCGUGAACGAACCCGAAUCCCUCGAAAACGUGAAAGAAAAGUGGAUAGAAGAAGCCCACGAACGCUGCCCAGACGUCCCAAUCAUCGUCGUAGGCCUCAAGAAAGAUCUUCGCGAUGAUCCUAUCGCUAAAGAGGAAAUGCGAAAGAAGAGUCUGAAAUUCGUACAGCCAAGUUAUGCCGAGAAUGUUGCCAGACAAUGCGGCGCUCGGAAAUACAUGGAAUGCAGUGCAAAGAACGGCGAAGGCGUCGACGACGUAUUCGAAGCCGCCACACGAGCUGCAAUGUUGACGAACUUUGAAACUAAGGGAAGCAGCGGCUGCUGUGUCCUUUUAUAA